AUGGUCAAGGUUCUCUUCGAGACAGCCGUCGGCUUCUGCCUGUUCAACCUGUCGGACAGCGCCAAGCUGCAGUCGCCCGACCUGCACAAGAGCUUCUCGACGCCCGAGGCGGCCAACAACCUGCUCAAGCUCUCGGCCAUCCACCGCUUCACCAGCACCGCCGAGGCGGUCGAGGACGUGUCGGCGCUCAACGAGGGCAAGAUGAGCAAGAGCCUCAAAAAGUUCCUCACCGAGGAGAUUGUCGACGCCGCCGACGGCAAGGGCAAGUCCAAGGAGAACCUCAUUGUCGCCGAAUCCAAGCUGGCCUCGACGAUUGCCAAGAAGCUGGGCAUCCAGGUCACGUACGACUCGGAGCUCCUCGACCUCUACCGCGGCAUCCGCGAGAACCUCGCUUCGCUCCUCUCGUCGUCGUCGAGCAGCGACGGCUCCCUCGACCCGCGCGACCUUAACACCAUGAGCCUCGGCCUGUCGCACAGCCUCAGCCGCUACAAGCUCAAGUUCAGCCCGGACAAGGUCGACACCAUGGUCGUCCAGGCCAUCGGCCUGCUCGACGACCUCGACAAGGAGAUCAACAUCUACGCCAUGCGCGUCAAGGAGUGGUACGGCUGGCACUUCCCCGAGAUGGGCAAGAUCAUCACCGACAACCUCGCCUAUGCCAAGGUCAUCCGCGCCAUGGGCUUCCGCACCAACGCGUCGGCCACCGACUUUAGCGAGGUGCUGCCCGAGGAGAUUGAGGAGACGCUCAAGGCCGCCGCCGAGAUCUCGAUGGGCACUGAGAUCUCCGAGACCGACCUCGAGCACAUCUGGAGCCUGUGCGACCAGGUCAUCUCCAUCUCCCAGUACCGCGCCCAGCUGUUCCAGUACCUCCAGAACCGCAUGGCCGCCAUCGCGCCCAACCUGACGGCGCUCGUCGGCGACCUGGUCGGCGCCCGCCUCAUCAGCCACGCCGGCAGCCUCAUGAACCUCGCCAAGCACCCGGCCUCGACCGUCCAGAUCCUCGGCGCCGAAAAGGCCCUCUUCCGCGCGCUCAAGACCAAGCACGACACGCCCAAGUACGGCCUCAUCUACCACGCCAGCCUGGUCGGACAGGCGUCGCAGAAGCUCAAGGGAAAGAUGGCGCGCAUGGUCGCGACCAAGGCGGCGCUCUCGAUCCGCCUCGAUGCGCUCGCAGAUGCCGACACCAAGUCCGAGGAGGGAGCGCCGAGCAUCGGCCUCGAGGCGCGGGCCAAGCUCGAGUCGCGGCUGCGCGCGCUCGAGAUGCAGGGCGGCGUCAGCGGGAUGCGCGGGGCGAGGCACGCCGCGGGCGACAGCGGCUACAAGCAGAAGGCCUUCAAGAUGGACGACGCGGGGCGCAGCUACAACGCCUCGGCCGACGCGCCCGUCGCCGUCAGCACGAGCAACGGCGUCAAGGACAUGGCCAGCGCCGCCGCGCUCGCGCCGCCCGCCACGCCGGCAUCGGACGACAAGAAGGAAAUGACAAAGGAGGAAAAGAAGGCGGCCAAGAAGGCGAGAAAGUCGCUCGCCGCCGGGUCGGAGCCGGCCACGCCCGCCGCCGACGGCGACGCCGAGCUCACCAAGGAGGAGCGCAAGGCGCUCAAGAAGCAGAGGAAGGAGGCCGAGGCAGCCGCCGCCGCCGCCGCCGAGGGCCUGCCAGAGACGCCGAGCAAGAAGAGCAAGAAGGACAAGAAGCGGAGCGCCGACGACGUCGACGGCACGCCAGCGACCGACAAGAAGAAGAGCAAGAAGAGCAAGAAGAGCGACGAGUGA